AGAAUGCAUUAAUCCAAUCCUCUAAUUCCAUUUUUGAUGUCCUAUUUUUGCUCCUCCAAGACACCAUCUUCUUGCUUCUUGUCUUUCCGCACUUGUGCUCAGAGGUUCAGAGCUGCCACAGUGGUCAGGGACUGACCCAAAUAACACUUACAAAAGCCAGCUCACCUUGUCAUCACAUCUGCUUUGCUCAUAAUCUAUCUGUUUAAUUAGGGGGGAAAGAAUAACUGGUGCUCAGUUUUACAAAUCCGUGCAGGAAAUACACAGUAUGACACAGUAAUUGCUGUAAUUCUUAUUCAGAUUAUUUGGAUCACUGGAAGGUGUUUGUGAAGAUGUUCAUGUUUUAGAUGAAUGGCCACUCCCACUAGAGUGUUUGUAGCAUUGUAACUUUCAUAAUAGAUUAUUCAUCAUUUUGUUACAUUUCAGUUAAUGAUGCAAGGAGUAAAACCAGUAUCAUAUGACUUCACAAUCACAUCAGACAUACUGAAUAAUUAAGAAUCUGUCAUCUCUGCAUUCCAAAAUGGAAUACUGAGAUUCUGGAUCUUUUAGAACAUUCUCAUCAUUAGAGUGAGAGCUCUGAUAGCCUGGCAGCAUCAUCUGCAGCACAGGAGACGUCAGCGACAUAGAGAAGCAGUGAACCUUUUCACAAAUAGCCAACUUCUCUGCCCCUUCACAAAGGCUACCAGCCAAUAUUCUAUGCAGUUAUAAUCCAAUGGACCCAAAGCAAAAAAAAGAACAAAGGUUGGAUUUUAGCUUGCCCCAGGUCAGCCAAAACAAUGUGACACCAGCUACCUACAACCCCAAGCAAGAGAACAAGAACCGCCUGGCAUCCUUUUCCAAUUUACAGAAGAAGCAGCUCAGUCACAAUCUAGAGGACAAAAAAGCCUUUAAAAAGGAGAUCAAGGCCUUCUGGGGGGAAAACAAAGAUUUCCAUGAGGAGAUUAAGGCCUUUCAGGAAGGGGACAGAACCAGAGCCUUAUGGAAGGAGAUCAAGGACUUCCGCGGGAAGAAUCAGUCUUUCAUAGAGGAGAUCAAGGUCUUCUUGGAGGAAGAUAAGGCCAUCUUAGAGCAGAUCAAGGACUUCCAGCUUAAAAAUAAGGGUUUCCAGGAGCAGGUCAGUGCCAUUCAAGAGAAAAUUGAAGCCUACCAGGAGAAAAUCAAGGGAGCCGAGGAAGAGAUCAAAACUUUUGAGGAAAGGAACGAGGCCUGCCGGGAGGCAAUUAGAGCCUUCCAGAGAAAAAACAAGGAGUUCCAGGAAAGGAACAAAGCCAUGCGCGAGAGGAACAAAGCUCUGCAAGGAAAGAAUGAAACUUUCCAGGAGAAGAACAAGGCUUUCUGGAAGGAAUACAAGGCUUUCUGGAAGAAGGACAAGGUCUUCUGGGAAGAGGACAUGGCUAUCUCAAGGGAUAAAAUGAUCCUCUGGGAACAGUAUAUGGCUUUCAGAGAGAAUGACCAGGACCUACAAGAGGAAAAAGGAGCACUCUGGGACAUGAUAGAAGUUUUGUGGGAUGAAAAAUAUGCCCUCUGGAAAAAGAUAUACAGCCCUCCUGGAGAGGAACAACUAGCUAAAGCUGUAGAAAAUGCUGAUGGUGAUCAUGGUCCAAAUAUACAUACUAUAACAAAAGGAUCUGAGGGAGUCUAGAGGUCCGCACUGCUCUUUCAGCCAUGACCUGAGUGCUCAUAUAUGCUGAAAUAAUAUAAUGGUUGCUUCUUUGACCUGAAACAUUUAAUAAAAGCAUG